AUGUACCUGGAAGACGACGAGGCCUCGGACGCGGCGUCGCCCGAAGACGAGUGGCUCCUCGAUGCCGAGGACAUGCGCCAAAAGGCGAACGCGACGUCGGACCCGCAGGACAUCAAGACCAUUCGGAAGCAGGCGCGUAAGAUGUACAAGGCGUACCGCGAAGAGCAGAAGAAGAAGACGCACGCCGCGAGCCUCGUCCAACACACGACCACUAACGCGUUGGACGACGUCUUUGGCAGCAUCGUCGAGCCGCUCUUGAACGGAUCCAAGAAGCUGUCGCCGCUCGGCGAGACCUUUGAGGCCCCCGAUGACCCGAUGGAGCUCAUGCGUCAAAACAACGCCAAGGGGGUCGAGUGGCUUCGCCGCGCUGCCGAUGCUGGGCACCGCGACGCCUACGUCCGCCUCGGGAACCUCUGCAUGGAGCACGACCCACCGCUCGCGCACGCCGGCGCUGCGUGGUACUCGCUCAUCGCCGACUGCCAGAACCCGCACCCCGACGCGCUCUACAACCUCGGGCUGCUCUACUACAACGGCAGCGCAAACUCAUUGCCUCCGAUUCCCGCGGAUGCCGAGCGCGCCAUGGGCUACUUUAUGAAGGCGGCCGAGGUCGGUGACCCCAGCGCCCUCUUCUUCAUGGGCCACGUGCUGCACGUUGGCCACGACGUCGUCCCUGCGAACGCGACCAGCAGCCUCCUCAUGCUCGAAGCCGCCGCGGCCAAGGGCCACGGCGGCGCCCGCUACUACCUCGCCCAGCUCUAUCGCAGCGGCGACGAGAGCAUGGGCAUAGCGCCAGAUGCCGACGUGUUCUGGCGCUACCUCCAGGACGCGGUCGCGUGUGACGACGCGGAUGCAAUGUACUGCAUGGCCGACGCGUACCACUAUGGCCUCGCGCCGCUGACGGCGCCCGACAUGCGGCGCGCGAUCGAGUUGUACACGCAGGCGGCCAAGCUCGAGCAUGCCGAUGCGCUCUGCUGCCUUGGCGCGCUCAAGUACGAACGUCGCGAGUACACAAAGGCCUUUCAGUACUACCAAGCCGCGGCCGACCGCCACUCGAUGUCGGCGUGGAAGAACCUCGCCGAUAUGUACUACACGGGGACGGGCGUGCCCCAAAACAAAAAGACGGCCGAGUCCAUUCUCGACAUGCUCAAGCAGCUCGAAGCCGCCGAGUAGACUUGACGUAGCACAAUACACACGCGUUGUCAACAGCA